GGUAGCUUUGCAUCCUCCCCACAGCCACAGCAAACACUGAGCGGUCCGCGGAGCGCAGCGCACGCAGCGGACUAUCCUCAAGACGGUAAACUAAAGGACAACGGGAGUGAAGAGAAGGAAAGUGCGGCUGGUAAACUUUGGAAAGAAGUGAAGCGCAUCUUCAUUCUGGUGGAUACAUCUACAGAUUGCAGAGAAAACAGAAAUCUCCUCGGCCAUGCAGCACUACGGGGUGAACGGCUACUCUUUGCACGCCAUGAAUUCCCUGAGUGCCAUGUACAACCUUCACCAACAGGCGGCGCAGCAAGCGCAGCAUGCACCUGACUACAGGCCCUCAGUGCAUGCCUUAACUCUUGCAGAGAGACUUGCAGACAUUAUCCUUGAGGCCCGCUAUGGCUCCCAACACAGAAAACAGCGACGCAGUCGUACAGCCUUCACUGCUCAGCAGCUGGAGGCCCUGGAGAAGACCUUCCAGAAGACACACUACCCUGAUGUAGUGAUGCGGGAGCGCCUUGCCAUGUGCACCAACCUGCCUGAGGCCCGUGUGCAGGUCUGGUUCAAGAACCGUCGGGCCAAAUUUCGCAAGAAGCAGCGCAGCCUUCAAAAGGAGCAACUACAGAAGCAGAAGGAAGCAUCAGGGGCUGCUGAUGGCUCACCAGAAGACUCUAAAACAGACCCCACAACAACUCCUAACUCAACCACUACUGUGGUUCCUGAGGUUUGCACUCCUCCACCUCCUCCUUCCUCCUCUUCAUCCUGUCAUUCAGAGUCAGAAAGGCUGGCCGCAGCACGGCCUCAGCCAGGAGAGUUGAGCGUGGAAGUCAACGUCACAUCCCCAGAGCCGUCGGACAGCGAGUCAGCAGCAGAAGAUAACGCUGAGCGAGAGGAGGAGGAAAUAAGCGGGGAGUCCAGGGUGAAACUCAGGGAGGAGGUGCAAGGAGAGGGGUCUGCCCAGAUGGGUAGCAGCUCUCCAGCCUGCAAAAGACUAAGCCCUACAUCAGACUCUCCAAUAAGCUCCCCUGCACUGCCAUCCUCCAGCAGUGUAACCAGUGG